AUGAUCACUCGUGCAUCAGUCCUGAACAGAGUCUUGCCUGGCCUCCUGCACCAGCCCGUGCCAGGGUUCCCAGGGGCCUCGCUGGCGGCGCUGCUGGACCGAGUGCUGGCCCUGGCGGCCCGCGUCGCCAGGGCCUGCACUCUGGCCCUGGCCCUACUGGCCGCCGCCUGCCUCCCCGCGCAGCUCUGGGCGCGGCCCGCACUGCAGGCGCGCCUGCUCCCCGUGGCCGGCCAGGCCGCCACGCGGCUGCUGGGGCGGGAGUGUGACCCUGGCGCCCUGCAGGCCCUGCUGCCCACGGGGUUGGUGGGCCUGGGGCCGCUGGCGCGCCUGGGGCCACUCAGGCUGGGGCCGGGGGCCACGGAGGGGAGCAGCGCGGCGAUCGAGAGCCUGGACGUGCACCUGGACGCGCUACGCACGCUGCGCGAGCGGCGCCCCGUCCUGGGGCUGCGACUGAGAGGGGCGCAGCGUGCCCUGGAGGGCGCCGCGCGUGCCGUGCUGUCGAGCCUGGCGCAGGAGCUGCGGCGCCUCGCGCUGGUGGGGACCUCUAGCGGCGGGCGCCUUGGCGAUCAGAGCUCUGCAAGUGGUCUCGUGUACGACCUGGCGGGCGCCCCGCCCUGGGCUGCGGGGCCCUUGGGCGCCGAGCCGUGGGCGACGGCGCUGGACCUCGCUGCGGCGGUGAGGGGCCCAGGGCGUGCGGAAGCCGCAGCCGACGCGCCCGCAGGCGCGGCGCACGGCGCCACAAACGGCGCAUGUGGCGCGGCAGCGGCGCUCAACGGGCUGGCCCUGCGCGGCGACCCCCGGGACAUCGUUAACCGGGGUCAGAAGCCGGGGCCCCUGGACGCGUGGACCGGCGGCGCCGUGCGCCCGUCGCCGAGGCCGGGGAGUGCUGCUGAGGUCCUGGGUGGGAAAGAAACGAGCGGCGCGGGGCAGGCGAAUCCUGCUGCGACCGAAGCCGGGCCCGCUGCAGACGGACGCAGAGGCAAACGCCGGCGGGGUUCAGCAAAGCGAGACACGCAUACGCUGGCGCUGCCCCGCACGCUGCCGCCGCGCAUGGUGGCUGGGGACGUGGCGCCUGGGCUGGCGCGCUCGGGGAGCGGGCGCCUCGUCACGCUGGGGGCCCCACAGGAGAGGGAGAGGAGCGGGCGAUCGGGUGCAGGAAAGGGUGGCCGGCCGGCGGGUGGCAGGGCGGUCAAGGAGGAGCCCCGCCCAGAACCCCCUCUCGUCGCGCCUGCGAGCGGCGAGGCUGGGCCGAGCAGCGGCGUGGCUGCGCGGCAGGCCGCCCGCCCCGAGCCCAGCGCCCCAGACUCCGGCCCCACGUCAAGUGCCCUGACGCGCAGGCAUGAGCCGGACCUCGGUGUGCCCGGGGCCGACGGCGCCGCGCAAGACGCUCCGACGCGCAAAUCCGCCGCCGUGCGCUCCGCAGCGCUGCUGCGGUCGCGCCUGGCGCCCCUCCGCGGGGCCCCCGCCCAGCGCAUGCAGACCGGGUCGGCCGCCUUCCGAGACCUGGUGGUCGACCCCUGGACUCUGCGGCGAAAGGAGAGGAGCGGGCCGCUGUCGCCCGGCGCCCCGACCAAACCAGUGCACAUGGCCAGCGGGUGGCUGCUGGACACCCUGUCCCGGCCCCUGGCCUCGCUGGCGUCCCGGGCCGCGCUGGGUUCGCUGGACCUCCGCGCGCACAGCGUGCGCCUGCACGUCUCGGGCGAGUCCCCCCCCCGCGUGCUCGACGACGUGCGGGCCUCCGUCCGGUUUGACCCCGGGCACGACGGCGACGCGCCCGCGCCCCCGUACCCCGCGCUGAGGGUGGCCGUCGGCGGGGCGGGCCUGCACGCGCCGCUGAUCGAGCGACUGCUGGACCUGCCCCUGGACGUGUACGACGGCUGGGCCGAUGGCGAGCUGAGCAUCGUCGCGGACGACGCUCUCUCAUGGCGCAGCCCGCGCUUCGACGGCCGCGUCCGCGUCAGGCGGGGCGCCUUCCACUUCUGGGACGCCAUGGACGCGCUGACGGGCGCCGAGCUGGAUCUGGUUUUCGAGGAACGGCGGCUGUUCCUGUACGGCGCCGCCGCGCGCUUUGGCGCCCUGCCCCUGGAAGCCACUGGGGACCUCGACCUGACGCCCCGGGGGGGCCAGCUGCGCCUCACGGCGCGCGUGGCGCCCACGGAGGUCAACGCCCUGCGCGCCAGCCUGGGCGUGCGGCCGCUGCCCUUUCCCCUCGCGGGCGCGGCUGGCGGGCUGGUCCACGUGACGGGCCCGCUGGAGAAGCCCGUGUUCUCAGGCACGGUGCAGCUGGUGCCGGCGGGCCCGGGCGCGCUGGAGGACGCCGAGGAAAGCGCAGCCAUGAACGCCCUGCAGGCCACGCCGGGGGCCCUGGGCGCCUUUGACCGCGUGCCACUGCGGUCCGCCGAGGCGGUGUUCAGCCUGGACACGGCGACGCAGCGGCUGGAGGUGCACGCUGUGCACGCUGCGCCCUGCGACGCCGGCGCCGUGCACGGACAUGGCCACCUCUCGGUCUCCCCUGAUGCGGAGGCCGACCCGGACGCCCUGGACGUGGACCUGCGCGGCUCCGGCAUUGACGCCGGGCCCCUCCUCAAGCGCUUCCUGCCAGGUGACGCGGAGAGGGCGCUGGGCUGGGGCGAGGGCGAGGCCUCGCUGCCCAGCAGCCUGUCCCUGGGCGCCGCCAGCUUCGAGGCGCGGAUCCGGGGCUCCGCCCUCUCCCCCGCCACGCACGCCGACUUCCGCCUGCCGGCGCUGGAGGCCAGCGGCAGCCUGCGCAGCGGCAAGACCUCCUGCGCGCUGACCCUGGCGUCCCCCUACGCCGACGUGGUGGCGGAGGUGGGCCUGGUCCCCCCACCACCGGCGGCCUCGGUGGCCGCGGUGACGCAGCGCGCGGCUGCCGCGCUGGCCCGCCCCGCGCCCGACGCCGCCUCGCUGGCGGUGACGCUGCGCGGCCUGGACCUGCUGCCGCUGGUCAGCGACGAGCUGGCGGCGCGCCAGGUGGCGCGCGCGCAGCUGGGCACACCCCUGCGCCUGCGCCUGAGCGGGGCGGGGAGCCUGAAGGGCGCCGUUCGGGGGGGUGAGGCGGGGCGCGCCGCGGCCAUGGCCGAGGCCGGCCUGGGAGGCUGGGCUGCUGGCGAGGAUGAUGCCAAGGAUGAGAGUGGCGACGCCGAGCUCCCGCACCCCGCGGCCGAGACGCCGGCCUGGGAGUUCACGGGCGGCCUGGGGCUGGAGGCGCUGCGCCUGAACCAGCUGCGCCUGUUCAAGCGCCUGGACGCGCGGGUGGCCUUCUCGCCGCACGGCGUGCGGCUGGAGGGGCGUGGCGCGCGCGCCGACGAGGCGCUGGACGUCGACCUGAGCCUGCCCUCCCUGCUCCGCCAGCUGGCGCGCCGCCACGGCGACUCGGGGGCGACUGGUGUGGAGGUCGGACAGACGGUGGGCGGAGGGACGGGCGCGGGAGCAGAUGACGUGCCGAAAACCCCAGCCCUCAGCCCGGAGGACCCCGUCACCGCCCCGAAUGCCGAGGCCGGCGCCGCCUCGGAACCCCUCGACGCAGCACCGGACCGCCUGGCUACCGCCGACCCUCAGACGGCGGGCCCGAACAUGCCGGCAUCAGCCCCCAGCGCUGCAGCUGUCGCCCCCGGGGGCGCGGCCGCCCCCCCCCCGGCCGCGGAAAAGCCGCGGGGCGGUCACUUUUACCUGCGCGGCGGCCCGCUGGUGGUCAGCGGCGACGCCGAGGCGGACGGGUCCCGCCUGGGGUUCAAGGUCCAGGGCCUGAAGUUGGACGAGCUGGAGAUCGCCUCGCUCAGGGGGGACCUCCAGGAGGCCUCCGCCUCGCUCAACUUUGCCAGCCAGACCGGGAGCGGGAAGCUGCAGCUGGCGGGCCCGCGCUUCAGCGGCGUGCGGGGCGAGUCGCUGGCCUGCAGCCUGCGCUGGGAGCGGGACAUUGUGCAGCUGGAGCGAGCCUGCCUGGCUCAGGCCGCCAGCCGGUACGAGGUGCAGGGCGAGUACAUCCUGCCCCCCGGCGCAGCGCUGCCGCGCUGCGCGGGGGACCUGCUGGCACGGCGCGGCGGCCAGGGUGGGACUGGCGUGGGCGCGGGCGCGGGCGCCUCCCCCGCGCCGCGCGGUCUGGCGGGGGGCAAAUGGCGCGUGCAGGUCAACGUCCCCGCCGCCGACAUGCAGGAGAUCCUGCCCGCGGCGCGCGUGCUGCAGAACGCCACCGGCCUGCGCCCCUCCGACUACGAGCGCUGCAAGGCCGACUUCCUGGCCGCGAUGGCCAGUUCGGGCCUCUCCGCGCGCGGGCAGCUGCCGGGCCUGCAGGACGUGGCGGGGCGGUGGCGCGGCCGGGCGCAGGUCUACGGCUCCUCCCACGGCUCGCUUCGCGCCGAGUUCGACGUGCGCGGCGACGGCUGGCGCUGGGGGCCCUGGGCCCUGGACUCGGCCACCGCGGUGGGCAGCUACCACUCCGAGGAGGGCCUGCACCUGCAGGAGUUCGCGCUGGCGCUGGGCGACGCCAAGCUGCUGGGGUCGCUGGGCCUCGGGCCAGCGGGCGCCGCCGACGUGCGCGUGUCGGUGCGCGAUGGCGGCAUGGCGCUGAUCACCGCCAUGCUGCCGGACGUCAGCUGGGAGGGCGGCGGCGCCGAGGUCCUCCUGGACAUCUCGGGCCCCGUGGCCGACCCCAUGGUGUCCGGCACGGCGCGGCUGACCAAGGGCGUGCUGGCCUGCCCCUACCUCAAGUUCCCGCUGCGCGGCAUCAACGCCCAGGCACGCUGCGAGGACGGCGUCUUCACGCUGGACGCCGCGGAAGCGCGCUCCGGCAGGACGGGCAUCAUCAGGUGCCUGGGUCUCCUAUUUUUUCCCACGCCGGCCGAGGCCUCCAACCUGGAGCUGCGAGUGCGCGGCGCGGCGGCGGUGCGUUUCGAGGCGGCGCUGGAAGCGCGCGGGUCGCUGGCCGCGCCCCGCGUGGGCGGCCGCCUGCGCGUCAGCCACGGCACCAUCACCGUGCUGCCCGGUUCGGUGGAGAGCGCGGCCAUCGGCGGGGGCGGGGAGUCACCCACCACGAGGGCCCCGCCCGCCGCGCAGGGCCCCGUCUCCCGCGCCUUUGACGCGCUGGUCCGGGGCAAGGGCCGGCUGGCGGAGCGGCUGGAGGCGGCGCUGCGCCGGGAGGUCGCCACCGUGCUGAGCCUGGAUCGGGAGCACGCCAACGCGCUGGUCUUCGCUGGCGACCCUGACCCGAGGGUGGACCUCGUGCUGCUGGGCGGGGACCUGCGCGGCCCGGCGCGCGAGUGGCAGGAGCACAUGACGCUGCAGCACGUGAGCGGCGAGGGCGCGGGCGCCCUGGACGUGGCCGACGCGGCGCGCAUCUUCGAGGACCGGCUCAAGUCGGCGCUGCUGGCGGACGACGGGCGCCUGGCGCUGAGCCGGCUGGCAGGCAGCACGGUGGCAGGGCUCAUGCCCCGCAUCGAGAGCUCCGGCCAGGCGGACGUGCUGGGGGCGGGUCGAGCAGAGAAGAAGCCGUGCGCGGCGUGCCUGCUGGAGCCCGGGGGCGGGUCGGCGCAGCCCUCAGGCCUCCUCAGCUCCAUCACGGUCGGCACGGAGGUGGAGGUCCAGUUUGGGCGCAAGCUGCAGGCGAGAUCGGCGGGCUUUGCGGGGGAUGACCUUGCGGCGCUGGUGAGGAAGCUGCGCGACUCGGACGUCGCGACGCAGUGGACGCUGACCUACGCGCUCAGCCGGCAGGUUCGCGUGCAGUUCAACAUAACAUCGGCGGCGCCCUACGCGCGGACCCUCUACCUCCAGUACUCGUCCGAGGGCGCACCCAACGCGGAGUGA